AUGCCGAAACGGAAGAAUGUCACGCCAGAGGCGCUGGAAAAUAAGCGUACCAGGCUCGGGGCAGCUGCGAAGUUACUUAAAGAAUACUCUCUAAAGCCGAAUACCCUACGGGAGCGCGAGCGUACUGCCGCCAUGGACGAAGAGAAGAGAGCUCAGGAUCGACACAGAAAGGCUCGCAAUAAAUCGUUCGCACGGUUCAAGAAGGCUCAGAUCAAGCAGUCUAGCGAGUUUAGCGAGCUAAGUAGGGACCGUCAAGCUGCCCUGGUUGAGGAAUGGAGAUCGAUGCAUACAGCAGAAUAUAACCGGAAAGCUGCUAAGAAGCAAGCAGAGACUGAUCCAGCUCUCUUACCCGACGAACAGGCCAAAAUCGAUAAAGCUAACUGGUUCCUUAAGCUUGGAGAUAGUGAAAGCAAAUCAAAGAUAACAUUUCAAAAGGAGGAUCAGGUUGAGGGCCUUAGCAACGAAUGCCUUCCUCAAGAAACGAUUCUCAAUCCUUUGUCAUCAAAAGAGAUUGACAAGGAGACAGCGAACUCUGUUGGAACUUUUGCCUUUCAGGCAGCCUCUUCCACUUUUGCGACUGCUUAUAACCAAUGGUAUCGCUCGAUCCGGAAGUUCUGGAACAAACUUGUUGCUCUAGAGAGUCUGGUUCUCCCUGACGAGGCAGCUAUGAAGCAGAUUUCACAAAUUGUCGACAGCGAGACUAAAAAGUUUCCUUCCAUUAGUGAGCUUGAAAGGGGAGAAGCACCUCGCGAAGAUGGCAUACAAGCUCUAUAA